GAGGACACUCCUACAGAGAUCAGCACAGGACACACCAUCAAGAAAUCCUUAAAGAAUCAUCUUGCUUCAUCACUAGAUUAUAAAUUUGAAGAUGAGGAUUGUGUAUGGGAAGAGACCACGUCCUCGCCUAUGGAUGGUGGACUUCACAGCAUGGAUAGACCAUCAAACCCCUCUGACUUUGAGCAACCUCGUACUGCGAGGGAUGGGGCCGGAAUUCAGGGGGGAAAUAUAUUUUCCUGUUCUGAAUGCGGGGAAAGCUUUGGCUCUGAAUUAAGUCUUUCUCUACAUCAGAGAUUCCACAGUGGGGAGAACCUUCAUUCCUGUCCCAAUUGCGGGAAAUUUUUUCUUCAUAAAUCUGCACUGCUCAGGCAUGAGGGAUCUCACAAGGGCGAGAAGCCGCAUUCCUGUGCCGAGUGCGGGAAGUGUUUUUCCCGGAAGUCCAAUCUUUCUGCGCAUCAGAGGCUGCACACGCGUGAGGAGCUACAUUCCUGUCCGGAGUGCGGGAAAUGUUUUCCACAGAAGUCCAUCCUGGCUGCGCAUCAGAGAUUGCACACGGGUGAAGCUCUACAUUCCUGUAUUGAGUGUGGGAAAGGUUUUCUUCAUAAAUCGCAGCUGGUCACACACUGGAUGACCCACACGGGGGAAAAGCCGUAUUCCUGCUCUGAGUGCCGGAAAGGUUUUUCGCGGAAGUCCAAUUACUCUGCACAUCAGAGAUGCCACACGAAGGAGAGGCCGUUUUCUUGCUCUGAGUGUGAUAAGUGUUUUGUAUAUAAAAUCGAUCUCACUAUACAUCAGAGGUCCCACACGGGGGAGAAGCCGUAUUCCUGUCCCGACUGCGGGAAAUGUUUCUUGCGUAAAGCCAAUCUUGCCGUGCAUCUGAAGUACCACAGAGGCGAAAAGCCGCAUUCCUGCUCGGAGUGCGGGAAAAGCUUUCUUUGGAAAGCAGAUCUUGAAAGACAUAUGAGAAUCCACACGGGGGAGAAGCCGUAUUCCUGUCAUGAGUGCGGCAAAUGUUUUACACAGAAGACCCAUCUUUUUAAUCAUUACAAAUCCCACGUAACCCUUAAGGCGAAGUUAGUGCCUCAAGUGCAGGAAAUGUCUUCUAUAUGAAUCACAUGUUGCCGUACAUCAGAGAUCUCACACUGGGAAGAAGCUCACCUUGAUAUACAUCUCAGAAAACACGUGGCUGAGCGCUCCUCUGAUCUUUAUCGUGGAACCUCAGAUUACGAACAUAAUCCGUUCCACGAGAAUGCUUGUAAUCCAAAGUAUUCACAUAUCAAAGCGAGU